GGGUUUUCUUUUCUCACGGUCGUUGUACCAUUUUGGACUGUAAUUAGGAGAAGAGGGUUCUCCUCCAUGUGUUGCGUUUAUUUCCCUGUGUGUGGCGACUUCAUUUGGGCGUGUCCCUCCACCUGUUGUUGUUGAGUUGGGACUUCUAAUAAACGAUUGUGCUACUGGGACUUCCUUGCUCUCCUGCUCCUGACUCCUGCACAUCCCUCCUCUUAGGAGGCACGUAACAGUUUUUAUAUUUUUUAUACAUUUGCAAAAAAUCUAGAAACCUGUUUUUGCUUCGUCAUUACACUUUUUGUGUUGUGUUGAGGGAAAAAACUAUCUAAUACAUUUUAGAAUAAGGCUGUAGCAUAACAACAUGUCGUACAAGCCAAGGGGUCUGAAUACUUUCCAAAUGCACUGUAAAUAGUAUAUUGCUACAAUAAAAUGUUUGACCGCUUUUCUUUAAUUAUGUUCUUUUUGAUAUUCUGAAGUGAGGAUUCAAUGUGGUUAAAGGCUUUUUUUUUUCUUUUUUUUUACAAUGUAUAUGCUGUAAUUAACAUUGUGUUGCUUGAAUUGACUUUUGAUCAACAAAAUAAUUUUAUAUCAAAUACAAAGAAAAAUGUGAACAUUUGUGGCGAACAGAAUUCGCCACAAUGUACUGAAAGCCAAUGCAUGUUUGUAUUGUAUAGUAUUUUCAUAUAAAUGAUUUCAGUGGUAUUGGUUAGACUUUUUAUUGCACUGAAUUAGUUGUGUAAUGUUAAUUUUGUUUUAAAUUGUAUGAGAAAUGUAAUUCAACUGUAUUGUAAUUUAAACAUUGGUAUGAGAAUAAUAUACCAUGUUCACAUGGUACAGUGUCUUUAGAAAGUAUUCACAACCCUUUACUCUUUCCACAAUUUGUUUUGUUAUAGUCUGAAUUUAAAAUGGAUUACAUUUUGAUUUUAUGUCACUGGCCUACACACAUUACCCCAUAAUGUCAAAGUGGAAUUAUGUUUUUAGAAAUUACAAAUGAAAAGCUGAAAUGUUUUGAUUCAAUAAUUAUUCAAACUCAAAUAAGUUCAGGAGUAAGAAUUUGCCUAACAAGUCACAUAAUAAUUUGCACGGGCUCACUCUAUGUGCAAAAAUAGUGUUUAACCUUACUUUUGAAUGACUACCUCAUCUCUUUACCCCACAUACAAUUAUCUGUAAGGUCCCUCAGUCAAGCAGUGAAUCUCAAACACAGAUUCAAUCACAAAGACCAGGGAGGUUUUCCAAUGCCUCGCAAAAAAAGGGCACCUAUUGGUAGAUGGGCGAGAAAAUUAAAGCAGACAUUGGAUACCCCUUUGAGCAUGGUGAAGUUAUUAAUUACACUUUGGGUGGUGUAUCAAUGCACCCAGUCCCUACAAAGAUACAGAAGUCCUUCCUAACUCAGUUGCCGGAGGGUAAGGAAACUGCUCAGGGAUUUCACAAUGAGGCCAAUAGUGACUUUAAAACAGUUACACAGUUUAAGGCUGUGAUAGGAGAAAACUGAGGCUGGAACAACAACAUUGUAGUUACUCCACAAUACUAACCUAACUGAAAAGAAGGAAGCUUGUACAGAAUAAAAAUAUUCCAAGACAUUCAUCCUGUUUGUAACAAGGCACUAAAGUAAUACUGCAAAAAUAAUUUGCAAAGCAAUUAUCUUUUUGUCCUGAAUACAAAGUGUUAUGUUUGGAGCAAAUCCAAAACAACACAUUACUGAGUACCACUCUCCAUAUUUUCAAGCAUAGUGGUGGCUGCAUCAUGUUAUGGGACUGAGGAGUUUUUCAGGAUAAAAAAGAAAUGGAAUGGAGCUAAGCACAGGCAAAAUACUAGAGGAAAACCUGGUUCAGUCUGCUUUCCACCACACUGGGAGAUGAAUUCACCUUUCAGCAGAACAAUAUCCUUAAACACAAGGCCAAAUCUACACUGGAGUUGCUUACCAAGAAGACAGUGACUGUUUCUGAGUGGCCUAGUUACAGUUUGGACUUAAAUUGACUUGGAAAUCUAUGGUAAGACUUGAAAAUAGCUGUCUAUCAGCAAACAAUUAGACAGAGCUUGGAGAAUGUUGAAAAGAAUAACGGGCAAAUGUUGCACAAUCCAGGUGUGGAAAGCUCUUAGAGACUUACCCAGAAAGACUGACAGCUGUAAUCACUAACAAAGGUGAUUCUAACAUGCAUUGACUCAGGAGGUUGAAUAUUUGUCUAAUCAAUAUACAUUAGUCUUUUAUUUUUCAUUAAUUUUUUUACAAAUGUUAGCAUUUUUCUUCCACUUGACAAAAAAUAACAAUUAAAUAAAUUUGAAUUCCUCAUUUUGUGGAAAAGGUCAAGGGGUGUGAAUACUUUCUGAAGGCACUUUAUAUGAUUGCUCACAUGGUAUAUGAUUGUUCACAUGGUACGCUACAUUGCCAAAAGUAUGUGGACGCCUGCUCGUCAAACAUCUCAUUCCAAAAUCAUGGGCAUUAAUAUGGGAAGGCUUCUGGGAAGGCUUUACACUAGAUGUUAGAACAUUGCUGCAGGGACUUGCUUCCAUUCAGCCACAAGAGCGUUAGUGAGAUCGGGCACUGAUGUUGGGUGAUUAGGCCUGGCUCGCAGUCGGCGUUCCAAUUCAUCCCAAAUGUGUUCCAUCAGGUUGAGGUCAGGGAUCUUUGCAGGUCAGACACAUUCUUCCACACCGAUCUCAACAAUUAAUUUCUAUAUGGACCUCGCUUUGUGCACAGGGUUAUUGUCAUGCUGAAACAGGAAAGGGUCUUCCCCAAACUGCCCCAAAUUGGAAGCACAGAAUCGUCUAGAAUGUCAAUGUAUGCUGUAGCGUUAAGAUUUCCCUUCACUGAAACUAAGGGGCCUAACCCAAACCAUGAAAAACAGAAUUAUUCCUCCACCACCAAAUUUACAGUUGGCACUAUGUAUUGGGGCAGGUAGUGGUCUCCUGGUAUCUGCCAAACCCAGAUUCGCCAGAUGGUGAAGUGUGAAUCAUCACUCCAGAGAACGCAUUUUCCAUUGCGCAUAGUGAUUUUAGGCUUGUGUGUUGCAGCUUGGCCAUGGAAACCGAUUUCAUGAAGCUCCCGACGACGAGUUCAUGUGCUGACGUUGCUUCCAGAGGCAGUUUGGAACUCGGGAAGUGAGUGUUGCAACCGAAGACAGACGAUUUUUACACGCUACGCGCUUCAUUAUUCUAGCAGGGCAGAAAUUUGACGAACUGACUUAUUGGAAAGGUAUCAUCCUAUGAUGGUGACACAUUAAAAGUCACUGAGCUCUUCAGUACGGGCCAUUAUACUGCCAACAUUUGUCUAUGGAAAAUUAAUGGCUGUGUGCUCGAUUUUAUAGACCUGUCAGCAACGGGUGGAGCUGAAAUAGCUGAUCCACUGAUUUUAAGGAGUGUCCACAUACUUUUGGCCAUGUAGUGUAUAUGCAUAUAUAUCAAGUUCACAUGGUAUAUGAUUCUUCAGUCUGUACACAUUAUUGAUACAGACUGUGUGUUUUGCAUAUGAUGAAAUUAGUAUUGAACAAAUAAACAAAUUAAUAUAAUACUGAAUUACAUUGUUUUCGUGCCUUGAUCACCUAAAUAUCUGAUCAUUUUCUAAAUUCCACUCAGGGAUAAAAUGCUGAGGAGGAAGGAGGAGGUUUUCCAAUGUUUGCUUAACUCCAUAUUCUUACGUUCCACAAACACUGAACCUGCAGUGCAAACCAGGCUACCUGAAAACAGAUGGUAGACUGUUAUAUAAGUAUUUGGAUUUGUUGGACAGGAUGAAAUCAUGUUUGAUUUUGACACCUAAGUGACAGCUUUUACCUCUGGACAUUUCCACAUUUAAACAAAGAUGGACUGCAAAUGUAUCUAGUGUGUUGAGUCGAGUUCUGACUAAUGGAUUGAGAGUAACGAAUGUGCUUGUGCGUCUGUGAGGAGGGUGCCACCUGAGCAGACAGUCACCCAGCUCAACUAUAUAAAGGCUGGCCAGACCAAGAAGGGGCCAAGAAGCAGCUCCAGGGAGCCAAAGAGAGAAGAAACCAGCAGAGAUCUACCUACGCACAGCAGGCAGCAAGGCACAGACUCCCCCUUUCUCACUGACACUCAACAGAGGGAACACAGGAGGUCAAAAGAUGAAAGGCACCCACUCUUUCGCUGGACUUCUGCUCUUGAUCAUUGUUCAGAGCAGCUUGCAAAUCCCGCAGGAGGACACAGAGGACAACUCCAGCCUAUUGACAGAGGACUCUAUGUUCAGCGAGCCAAGGGAGCUUUCAAACACGAAGAGACAUUCAGAGGGAACAUUCUCUAACGACUACAGUAAAUAUCUCGAGUCGAGACGAGUGCAAGACUUUGUCCAGUGGCUAAUGAACUCCAAGAGAAGUGGGGGUCCCAUCAAACGACAUGCAGAGGGUACCUACACCAGCGACGUGAGCUCCUACCUGCAGGACCAGGCAGCCAAGGAGUUUGUGUCCUGGCUGAAGAAUGGCCGAGGCAGACGAGAAUAGGGCUCCUCUACUCAGCCCCAGAGUCCUAGUGUCUUAUUACUCAGUCACAGAGUCCCAGUGUCUUAUUACUCAGCCACAGAGUCCCAGUGUCUUAUUACUCAGCCACGGAGUCCCAGUGUCUUAUUACUCAGUCACAGAGUCCCAGUGUCUUAUUACUCAGCCACAGAGUCCCAGUGUCUUAUUACUCAGUCACAGAGUCCCAGUGUCUUAUUACUCAGUCACAGAGUCCCAGUGUCUUAUGUCUUAUGAGCCCCCAGUCAAGAGAGAAUGCAACUCAUCCAGAAUGACCCCCCUGUUCCAUUUCCUGUUUUAUAACCUGUAUCCUCCUUCCUCUGGUCAUGCUAAUAAAUCCCA